AUGCCGGUGCCGGCAAAGCGGGCAGGCAGCAGCAUCAGGUCGACCUCGGACGGCGUCACAGGGCCGCCGAGGAGGGCCGGCAGCAGCGCCUUGGCGUUUAAAAACUGCCCCCUGGAUUGGUUUGAGGGGGUGCCGGGGCGUGAGUUUGUGGAUCGGUGGGUGAGGAUCAUCGCCAAGGCGGCCCACAAGGGACUCCAGCCCCGCUACGCAGACAGGGGGACCCUCGAGGAGCUGUUGGAAGCCUACGACACAGCCCGCCGCCUGCUUGAGUCGGAGCUGGCCACGCCAGCUGGUCACUCAGGUGAAGCAGCCGCAGCCCCCGCCAAACCCCCCACCCCUCCACACCAGCCCACAGCAGAGCCAGAGCAGCAGCAGGACGUUAGCCCUCCUCGCUCACCCACCCCGCCCCAGCAGCCAUCGGAGGAGCCCCACCGGGCGUCCAAGGAGGGCUCCCUUCCAUUCGGACCCAACUAUCGAGGCGGCAUGGACAGAGACAGAGACCGAGAGCGGGAGCCCCACGACAGGGAGGGCUCCGAGCCUCGCGAGCGGCGCAUGCGUGACAACAGUGACUGGGACCGUGUUCGGGCCGAUGACCGAGAGGAGGGCCGGUACAUGGAUAAGGACGAGGGGGACCGGGACGAGGAGAACCGCCAGCCACGAUUCGGUGGCCGCCCGCGAGACAGAAACCGGGAGAGCGAGCGCGACCAAGGUCGCGACCGGGACCGGGACCGCAGGGACGCGGGCAGGGACCGACGCGACAUCGACGUCGAGAAGGAGCAGGCCCCAGCCCCAACCGACACCCCACAGGAGCAAGGCAAGGAGAGCCCCUCGACGGCGGCAGCAGCAGCAGCAGCCGGCCGUGCUGAGAGCCCGACCGGUGCUGAGGGCACCCCGAAGGAGGACAAGAAGGCCAUCGGAGGUGUGUUGGGUCUGGGGCUGAAGAAGCCCGGCAUCGACACGGGCUCGAGCCGCCCUGGCGGCCUGUCGUGGAAGGAUCGCAGCGAGAGUUCGGACAAGUUGGGCGAGGAGGAGCCGCCCGGUCGUGUGCGUGAGGGCAGCGGCGAGGGCCCUGAGGUUGGCCCGACUGGCGAGGAUGCGGCCGUGGUCAUGGACGAGAAGGAAGAGUCGGCUGAGGGACAGUACUGGGACGACGAUUAUGAGCAGGUGCGUGCGUGACAGACAGAUAGAGCACCCCGUGCGUCCACCUGGGCUAUCUGACACACUUGUGUGGUGUGUUGUCGUGUCGGUCAGUUCAUGCCCCUGACCCGCUCAUUGGUGGCUCGCCAGCAGCGCCAAGAGGAGGAGUCUCCGCAGCCUCCCAAGCCCGAGCCGCCCCCCAUCCCACCGACACCCGAGCAGCCUCCACCAGCAAUACCAGAGAGAGAGGCGCUACCAGCCGUCUCUCCCCUCUCCCACACAGACAUGUCAUUGGCAUACCAGCCGUCACCCGUGUCGCCCAUAGAGCAGCUUUCGCCCAUUCCCCUGGCACUCAUUGGUCCACCACCCCCUCCCAAGGCUCCAGAGGCACCCGCCCUGCCGGCGGCUGAGGCAGACACCAGCGCGCCAGCUGCCACCAGAGUGUCUCGUGUGCAGUCCUCCGUCACACAGGCCCAGGCAGGGCCGGCAGCAGCACAGCAGCACUCCUCCACCCAUGCCCGCCCCCACCAUGCUGACGCCGAUGCCGUGCCGCCCAUCAAGCAGCACGAGAGGAGCAGCACGCCCCCGCCCAGGCCAUCCCCCACCGCCACCAGGCCGCAGGUCGUCUGGCCGCCACCAUUCCCAGUCCACAACCCCGCACCAGCCGUCAACCCCACAUAUCAACAUGCCCAGCGCGUGCAGCCCCCCGCCAAUCCUUUCCAGCCAUGGAAGGCGAUAGUGGUGGAGCUGCCGUGGCACCCGGGCGCCUUUGAGGGGUGGCGGCUCAACUCCCGCAGUGGGGAGUGGGAGCUCUGGGAGUUGGAGGGGAGGAGGGUGGACGACCGCGGCGUCUGGCUGGAUACGUGGGCGGUGCGGACAGAGGACCAGGACACCAACACCCGCCUCCUAUCGCUGCUCUCCAGUGCGUCAGUUGCGAUAGACGACGCCGGAGCGGCUAUUAAGAGGGCGGCAGAGGAGGCGGGUGCCUGGAUAGCCACCACCAUGAGACAGCUUUUCGGGUGCGGUGGGCAGUGACGCCCACGCACCCACCCGCCCACACGUUCCAACGGCGGGGGCCAUCGCAGGCACCGCACAGCGAGAGACAACGAGGGAGAGGGCGAGGGAGAGGGCGAGGGCGAGGGCGAGGGCGACGAGGAAUACGACAACGAGAAAGAGGAGGAAGAGGAGGUUGAAGACUCUAUCGAUGGAGGGAGGGGCGGUCGGGCAGGUACAACCUGAGGUACUCAGAUGACGACCCCGACAACCAUUGCGACCACAGAGGGAGGAAGGGGGGCGGCGGACGCGGCCAUGGCAGGUAAGGGGAGGUCAUCGCAAUGGGCAUGAUACCAACACGUCGGACAUCAGGCAGCGACGGCGCGGCCAGGGCGGAGGUGAUGAUGGCUCAUCACGAGGGCAGCACUGUUGCGUCCAUCUUGCUGACGUCUGACAAUCUGGAGGAGCUGACGAUACCGGCAGAGCUCAACGAGCGUGUCUGA